AUGAAAGGAGAAAUAAAUAAUAUAGACAAUGCUCAAGAAAGCAAAUAUGAAGAUAUGGAUAGGGAAUACUAUAAUUGUAUAAAAAAUUGUGCAGCAGAUUUACAAAACUUAUCAUUAAAUUUUUUUCCAUCAAUUAAUGCAUAUGCAUGUAUUCCCAAACUGAAUGCUAUAAAUUCGAUUACUUUUCAUCCAUGUAUUUCUACUAAAGAUUAUUAUAAUAAUACUUAUUCUUUCAAGCCUUUAUUUACUCACCAUUUUUUUAGUGACAGUGAGCAGGUUAUAGGGUUCGAGUCUCUGAAGAUUGACUUUUACUACACAUGCGACAGUUAUGAGGUGUAUAUGAAGUUGAGUGGUUCAAUAACGGACCAGUAUGAAAAUUCGAAUUAUAUUAUGCUAUCACUUUUGCAAAGUUUGUAUAUCACUACUCCCUAUCCAGGUGGGUUUGUUGAGUCUGAAGAAGAUUUUUUAAAAAUUUUAAAAAAAAAUGAAAUAAAACAGGAUAAAAAUAAACAUAAAAAAUCGAAAAGUAUAAAAGAUAAACACUAUAAAAAUAUUGUUAAUAGAAAUAAUUAUAUUCCUCCUGGUUAUGUAAUAUAUGAAAAAAAACUUAGUGAAAAAAUAUAUUUGCAAAUCCGAAAAUGUGGGUUUUCUCAAGAAUAUUUUAAAUCAAAAAAUAAAAAUAAGUUAGAUGGAUCUGAAAAUAUACGAAAUUCUGUUUGUAACAAUAAUGAUAUUUUACUUCAAGCAAGUAAUAAUGUAAAUAAUAUGAGUUUCGAUCAUUCAACUAAAUUAGACAGAUCAGAAUCAAAUCAAAUUCAUGACAGUACCUCUAAUAGUACAUGCAAAACAUCUAGUAAUAAUAGUAACACAUGUUUGAGCAAUAGUAGUUUAUCCAUUGAAAAUGAAAAAAAUGAUGGAGAAGAAAAAAAUAAUAAGAAACAAGAUGGAAAUAUAGAGUUAAAUAAUAAAGGGGAUGAGGAUAUAAAAAAUCGAGACAUCGAUAUUGAUAAUAAGAAAGGGAAAAAGAAAUUUACAAAAUAUGUUACAGAAAAAGAUUUGUCAAAACUGUAUAGAGAAUAUUUAAACAUAAUAAAGGAUAAGAAAAAGAGAGAUAGCACUUUAAAAGAGAUGAAAGAAAAAUCAAACAGUCUUGAAAAAAUAAAUGAAUCUGAAAUUGGAUUAAAUGGGAGUAUAGAAAAUAUUGAAAAAUCGGAAGAAAGUAAAGAAUCAAUUAUAGAAAAUAAAAUAGUGAAAACAAAAGAAGAGGAUAAAGAUGAAAAAGUUAAUGAAGGAAUAAUUGAAAAGACUGAUGAAGACAAAAAAAAAAAAAGAGGAUCAUCAGAAUAUAAAUAUAAUAAAUAUGAUUAUACAAUAAAAUCAAAUUUUGAAUUAUUACAUCGAAAAGUAGAAUGGUUUUAUCACUGGUUUAUUGAAAGUGCUUCUAACAUUGAGUAUGAUUGUCGUUGGAAUGUUAUACUUCCAUAUAUAGUAUUUAAACAGGAGAAUACAAAAAGUUUUAAUGAAAACGACUUCAUAGAUUCUCUAGAUGUUUAUUUAAAUCGAGAGAGAGCUAUUGCUAAUAACAAAGCUAGUGAGAACAAUCUCGUUGAAAAUAGUGAUGAACAAAAAAUAAAAAGUAGUGGAAAACGAGCAUUUGAUGAAGUAUCCUCUAACGACAAAAAAAGUGGAUAUAGGAGUAAGCGAGCGAAAAAGGGUGAAGAUGAAACAGAUGAAAAUGAUCAGAUUAAAAUUGGUGAAAAUAAAGAUGAGAUGCAAAAUAUCGGUUUUAAUAAUUCUGAGUUUGAACCAAAGGAAUAUGUACUUACACGUGAAACUGUUAUGCAAGUUAUUGAUGAUACUUUAAAUAAUAGAUAUGAAAAAGAGGAAGAAAGUUACUAUUCUUUCCAUAAAAAAUAUGAUGUUGUUUAUUUAUGUUCUGAUUUAAAGAAUAAUGAAAAUUACGAAGAUGAACAAAUUGUAAAAUGUGAAGAAGAAAGUCCUGAAUCUGGAAUGAAUAUAAUUGAUGUAAAAAAAAAUGGAAAAAAAAAAAUAAUAAUAGAUCAAACAAAAAAUAAUAAAAGAAGAAGACGAAGUAGUAGUAACAAUAAUAGUGAUAGUGGACAAGGUAGUAUUAAAGGAGAUAUUAAUGAAGAUGAUUCAGAAUAUUUAUAUUAUUAUUAUUUAUUUGGAUUAGCAACAACAUAUACAUUUUUUACUUUUCAAUUUGAUCGAAAUAGAAUAUCCCAAUUUUUAAUUUUUCCACCUAUGCAAAAUAAAGGAUUAGGAAUGAAAGUAUUAGAAAAAAUUUAUCACUUAUCGAUUGUCAAUUCUAACAUAAAAGAAAUAACAGUUGAAGAUCCAGCAGCUUCUUUUACACAUUUAAGGGAUAUAAUAACGAUUAAAAUUUGUAUUGAUUUGAAAAUCUUAAGUCCAACUAUAUUAUAUCCUGAUGAUUAUUUAAAAGAAAAAAAUAUUGAAAAAGAACAUCCUGAAUUGGAUAAAAAGAAGUUUAUAAAAGUUUGUAAAGAAACUCAUAAACAAAUUACAAGAAUGGUUGAGACUAUAUCUUUAGCAGGUGUUUUACCUCACCCUGCUCCUUUAUAUAUUGAAAAUGAAGAUAAAUAUAAUCAUCUUCGUAAAAAAGAGAAAAAAAAUGAAAAUGUAAAUUUAGCAAACUCAAUGGAAAGUUUCGAAGCUUCUGAUGCAUGUGAAGGAGGAACUGAACAAGCUGUGGAAGAAGCAGUGCAAAGUCUACUACAGAACCAUAAAAAAAUUAAGGACACUAUAUCCGCUUUAGCAAGGGAUGGCUUAUGCCAUUUGGUAAUUUGA